AUGGAAACAGCGAUAUUAUCUUGCAGGUGUAUCGACAGCCAACCGCCAUCCAGCGUGGAGGCUUUGCAAUUCAGUCCCGACGGUCGAUGGUUGGCAGUCGGCCGGUCUAGCGGAAUAGUUGAAAUCUUCAGCUCCGUCAGCCGCCAUUUAAAGCUGAGGCUUUCAACGGUUUCAUGCAGCUCCGUGCGGAACAUCAUUUGGUUGCCCUUGACUCUGAGAGCGGCCGCGUCCUCAGCCCUUUCUGAGGCAGGUGGUGUGACUACAGAGCAGACGGAAUUCAAUGACGUCACCAUAGUUUCCCUAUUUGAAUGGCGUCUUGUAACAACUGGACUUCAUGGUGUGAUUACAUCGUGGAAUCUCCGCACUUGCCGCGUACAGGCCGAGUGUCCCUCAAAUGGUGGCGCUGUUUUCUUUCUCUGCCGCUGUCCCCCGGAAAUAGGACUUCCGUCCUUCGCUGCUGCAUGCGACGAUGGUCGCGUCCGGCUCCUGCACGUCUCGGGAAUAGCAGACAAAGCUUGCCGUGAGCAAAGCGACGACCCGUAUGUUGGGGUGAUUUCAUCUGACAAUGAAUCGACUGAGGAAAUUCAAGUCACGCACACUCUCCCCAAAACGAAAAGCCGUUUACUUUCGGUAUGUUGGUACUCCCGGGAUUUGAUUUUUGCGGGAAAUGCGACUUCGUGCAUUUUGCGGUUUUCGCGCUCGGGACCUCAGAGCGCCUUUGUGGCCGAUGGACAGAUGGCGCUGGAGAGCAAAUUUUUCACAGGAGACUCUAAGUCGGAUAAUAGCCCUACUCUCGUUUGGAAUCUGAGGGCGCUGCGCCGCCGAUCGUUGCUUCUCAGUGGCGACAGUCGAGGACGCAUAACCUUGUGGAGCUUGCCCACUUGUGUGCCGCUACAAACAUUGCACGUUCACGUUGCUGACGUGCUGGACAUGCAGUUGAUGGUAUGUAUAGACAGCUUGAUCGCCGACGGAAACCACAGCGACGCGCAAACUGUGAAAAGGAAAGAAGAGGUUGUCCUCUCUGUAGGGGUUGACGGGAAGCUGUCUGCAAUUAGCAGGACGGAGGAAGACCGGUGGGUCGUCCGCGCCUGUCGCUAUCCUCAUUUGUGUGACAGCCAAGCCCUAGCGUGUCUGCCUAAAGUCCCGGGAGGCCCAGAUGGCUCUUUGAUUGUCACUGGGGCAGCAGAUGGAAGCAUAAAGUGGAUGCGGAACCUCACGGAACUGGCGGGUCUCAAGGCACCUUGCUUGCCCUUCUGUUUGUCUCCUACCCUUCGGGGCCUCCAGCGGCCGAAAGUAAUUUGGAAGAAGCGGUUGCUGGUGUGUCCGUCUGCUACGGAAAUUGGAAUAUGGCACAUCGAAGAUGGGGCACUGAACAACAGUGGCGCAGUGGAGGACAGCAAAUCGGCGGAGCCCUCACAGUCUCCUUUGAUUAAACUGGCGAAAAUAUCGCUCCAAAACCAGUCAAAAAUUAACUGCUGCGAUGCAGCCAAAGAUGGACAGCUGUUAGCUGUGGGGGGUAAUGACGGGCUGCACCUUUUCGCCUUUCAUGUCAAAGAGUUGGAAAUUCAGGAUUUGCAGUGUCUUGGCGCUUGCCGAAUAAGGGAGAUGGUGACGGCUUUACAGUUCGUUUCUCGUAGUAUUCUUGCGUGUUGUUACUUUUCGAACAAAAGCCGCAAGACAGCGAACUAUCGCCGCUUGCGCGGAGAUGCAAGAUCCGCUGAAUCUGUUUCAGCGAGUGAAUCAGUGGGAAGUGGAGCUGCUGAAAACACGCAUAAAAGCCGAGGGCGGGCAGAAGACGAAGGUUGCAUCUCCGUUACUCCGAAAAAGUGGAUUUGUAAAGAGGUCCCUUGUUUACGGGAGGCGGAAGCACUGCCGGAUCGUUUGGGGGAAACAGACGGCACGUUCUGUCUUUCGUUCAUCAAAGUCUCCACUGGAACUGAGCUUGCGUCUGUCCGAGACCUACCCUUCCCGGUUGUGCACAUGGACUUGAGCCCUGAUAGGAAGAAGCUGGGAUGCCUGAACAGCAACAGUUCCAUUUUUGUAUUUGAUGUGGACUCCUUGGAGUUGAUGUACUUCUUGCCAAACAUUUUUAGAAGGGGAGAGAAUGUGGCGAGCUUUUGCUUUUCCCCCGACUCCGCUAGGCUGUUCGUGCUAGGCACCCGCAACGGCUACUUCCUAACGGAUGUAAACGAGUUCGACUCUUCUCUAGCAAAGAGCGACGAAAACAACAAAGGCGAAGCGAAAACGGACACGAAAAACAACAAAAAGUUGCAAAAGCAGAGACGGAAUGUCCGCUCGAUCCCUGCUCGCCUGCUGUCUAGAGAAGACGGUUCGAUUGUUCACUGCAAGUGGGUGGAGGACGAGAGAACAGCGUACGUGCUGUGUAUGACGCCUUCCAGCUUAUAUAAGCUCUCGCUGGACGAUGUGACAUCGUCUAUGGACGUCGAGAACAGGCCUCAAAAAAAACCGGGAGGCGAAAUCAGGCUUUUAAAUCUGAGUAGUGACUCGGAGGAAGACAGGGAUUAUCAGGACAGUAGCUGUUCAUCGCAAGCGCGCUCGGUCCCCCGCCAGCUGAAGAAGUUACGAGGGCAGCGCCCCGUCAUAAUUUCGCCUGCUCCGGCGUAUGCGGCGCCUUUCUGUGUGCCUCGCGUGCUUCCUGCUUCUCUCUCUCGGCAGGAUAACAAUGAGGACUUAAGGUUCCUCUGGAAUUCUCAAGGGUCUCCCUCUGGGGCCACCCCAGGCGGCACGGACAGCACCCGUUCAACAGCCACUACGCCCGGCGAUUCCCCCGUGAGUCACCAGCGAGCAGACAAGGAAGCCACUGCGGAGGUUAGCAACAAGAAACGAAUGUUUAACAGCAUUACACGUACAGCGCGGCUGCUCCGCCUAAGCGACAAUAAAGGCUUCGUUGGAUUUGCACUGGAGAAGUGCGACGGGCAAACGGCAGCCAAAAUGCUCCCCUGCCCGAAUGGGCCCUGUAGCCGCGCCCUUGUUUUGUUGGAGGUGUUGAACACCGGCGCCCCGAACGAAUCGUCGCUUCCUCCAUUCAACAGAAAGCGGUAUGGCACGUAG